UCUAUGGCACAAGCAGUUCUGACAGUAAUUACAGCAGCAUUUGAGUCCGAUUUUCCUGAUUUUACUUUUUAUUGAAUGAGUUUUUGGUGCAGAUAACCAUAAAGUUUAGUAUCCCAGGACUUCCUCUCUGCCAGGCCUCACACUGCUGGUGAAGCAAAGGUGCCCACACCCACAUCCCAUAAUGCACUCUGACUGGGAACAACUGGCUCAGUCGGUUAAAACCGUUUAUACUGGAUUUGGAGAUUGAUGGUGGAUCAGUGGUGGAUCAGUGCUGGAAAAGCGAUUGGAUUUAUUCUGGAUUAUAAACGCUGAAUUAUUCCUUGCGCCCCUCACACAAUCACACCCACUCACAGACACCUUACACCUUCACCAAUAAUUGUGCUUUCUGCCAUUUAUUGUCCCACACAACUUCUGUCCCUACACUCACACCCUCACUCAUCUCUUGGCAUACUCCUACCCUCCACAUAUUUCUUUUGCAGGACUUUUAUUUUGCAGGUUGGACCCAUCCUCUCUAUAACUACAGCAGACUGAAAAUGUCUGGAAGGUAUAGAAAGAGGACCUACAGCGAGGCCAUGUCCCCGGACAAUGAGAGGCCUUGGAAGAGAAUGCGCAGUGAGGAGGAGAGUAGGAGCCCUGCGCAUAGUGACAGGCCUGAACCAGCUGCCGGCAUGGACUUCUACCAACUGCUGGAAAAAGAAGCAGUCAAAAGAAGCCUUGACGUGGACUCAUGCAUGAAGACGUCGGACAAGUACCUCCUGGCUAUGGCCAAGAUAUAUAUGCAGCGUGCUGGACUGCACAAGGAGGAAUACACCGAAAUGAAUUUCAUUACUGCCCUGUUACUCGCCAACGACAUGGAGGAGGAUUUACAAUUCCCUCAGCUGAUCUACAAAUUGGUCAAUGGCAAAGAUUGGCAGAAAAAAUGGAAGGAAUUGAGGGCGAGGCGACUAGAGUUGUGGGCCAGAAUGAAUUUCCAAGGUUGGGUGAACAGAACAUCAUGUGAAGAGGCAAUGGUAGAUAACCCGACUCACUGGGCGUGGAAGCGUGAGAGACACGAGGGCCAUGGACUUUCCAUCAAAAGUCACGCCAGAAAAAGGGAAUUCUAUUAUUUCAAGGGCUUUCCCAAACAUUUCCCGCAAGAAUGUUCUGUGUGCAGAGUGAAAGCCACGGAGGAAGCCCAGCCUGCCAAGGUGCCAUUCAAGAUAAGAAUGAAGAACACCUGGAAGAAAAAAGACCCUCCAGCAAAUGAUAUAGUAUAGUACUGUAGUGUAGAGCUGUAUAUUUAAUUAUAGAUAUAUAAUAUCAAAGUAUUUCUCAUUUAAAUGCAGACAUUACACAAACAACUUAUAGAGCGUUAAAGUUAGAUAUUUUUUUAGAAAACAUAUUUAUUUCUGACACCAAAGUUCUUAAUUAGCAAUGGGAUUAUAA